AUGGCCAGUUCUGCUGGACACCGGGCCUUGCCUUCUCCCCCACCAGCUUACCUCCGAUCAUCGCCCCCAUUCACCCCAUCUCAAUCACCACGGACCAUCCCCAGACCCCAGAGUUUGAACCUCACCCGCAAACCAGUCCCUUUGCGGACCGAAACCUCUCCCGUCAUACAAAAUUCCCCGCGCUCGCCAGUCAAAAUCGCACAUACCGCAGACAUCCCAGAUGCCUCAAGCGUGCGCAUCGAAGGCGCAUACAGUGGGCCCACCACACCGCAAUCGGAGCUCCCCGAAUUCGCAGACAUGUCGCUCGAGGGCCCUGUACAGCCGCCUCAGCAAAGCUGGAAUCCUGCCCACCCCCCGCGGCGAGACUCAAUACAGGCCCCAAACUACACACACUCGCAUCCGUACGGUCACACCCCAGCAAGCAGCGGCUCAUGGUCGGUGGUAGAGCCGAAAGACGAAGGACAUGGAAACCCGAAAAAGAGCGCCUCUUCAUUAGAGCGCGAGGGUCAGAGCUGUAAUGGCUCUUCGCGGGGAAGCAUGGAUAGCGUGGCGCUGGCGUCCGACAACUACGAACCCCUGAUCUACCACCACCAGCAACAGCCAGCUGGGGCACCUGCAAGGAAAGUCGCACCCAAUGCUGGAGAUAACCCAUCCGGCUCGACGGACAAGCUGGCUGCUAGGCGAUCAAGGCUUUCGCGGCCUCUUUCGACAUACUCCGUAACCUCAGAGGGUGGUCACCGACGGAACCUCUCCUCAUCGCCGUAUCUACAUGCGCGAUCCUCGUCUGGAACCCCCGAAAACAGGUCUUCAUCAUUCCUCGAUUUGCUCAACACAUCAUACCCGCAGCCAGGCCCAACAGCAGCGCGAUUCGACAACUCGCGUCUCCAAGCCUCAGUCGGAAACAACGCCUCUCUUCUUAGCCACAAAGACACAUUCGAGAUGUACCUAGCAAACGUGAAGAAGACUGACGAGCCAACAGUGCUGUAUGAAUUCGCCGUGUUCAUGAUAAACUCGAUGCGCCAGAUGCCAGCCGUGGACCUCGAAGACUCCAACCCAAUCACGCGUGCCCGUCUACUACGCGAAUCAAAAUCCAUCCUCCAGCGCCUCGCAGACCGCAGUUACCCCUUCGCACAGUACUACCUCGGUGAUGGGUACGCGUCGGGCCUGUUCAACAAAGGCGUCGAGGACCACGACCGCUCCUUCCCGCUCUUCGUCGCAGCCAGCAAACAUGGUCACGUCGAAGCCUGCUACCGCACAGCGCUCUGCUAUGAGUUCGGCUGGGGAUGCCGUCCCGAUGGCACCCGUGCAGUGCAAUUCUAUCGUCAAGCAGCGUCGAAGAACCACCCGGGCGCCAUGAUUCGUAUGGCGAACGCCUGUAUUGCUGGCGAUAUGGGGCUGGGCAAGCGAUACCGCGAGGGAGUCAAAUGGAUGAAGCGCGCGACCGAGUCCGCAGAUACGCAGUAUAACGCCGGCCCGUACGAGCUCGGUGUGAUGCACGAGAGGGGCUUCGGCGACGAUGUCUUCCCCGAUGAGACUUAUGCAGCGCAGCUGUUCACCAAAUCUGCGGAGCUGGGCCAUGUGGAGGCUUGCUAUCGUCUUGGUGAUGCGUAUGAACAUGGAAAAUUGAAUUGUCCGCGCGACCCGGCGCUCAGUAUCCACUUCUAUACCAAUGCCGCGCAGAAUGGGCAUCCGGUGGCGAUGAUGGCGCUUUGUGCGUGGUACCUUGUUGGUGCGGAGCCUGUGCUCGAGAAGGAUGAGAACGAGGCAUAUGAGUGGGCUUUCCGGGCUGCGAAUCUGGGUCUCGCGAAGGCCCAAUAUGCGGUCGGCUACUUCACUGAAAUGGGUAUUGGCUGCCGUCGUGAUCCUCUCGAGUCCAAUGUGUGGUAUGUCAAGGCAGCGGACCAGGGCGAUGAGCGAGCCAAACAUCGAAUCGCUACAAUUCGGGCUGCAGCAGAGGGUACACAUCCAACCGCGGCCAGGCGCAACGGAGGCCGACUUAAGAAAGCCGAGCGCAAGGAUCCAAGUCAUGGCCAGGGUGAGUAA